AUGGAAAAUAAGGGAAAUUCAGAUGAGCUAGUUUUACAAGAAAAACCACUUUUUAUGUGAAUUGUGUCAGGGAUAAUGUGUUUUUGUGCUAUUAUAUUUUUGAUUUAUUAUUUUGCAGGCUCUAAGUAGGCUUUAUAUAGUGCAUGAUGGAAAUUGAUAAUUAUGGGCGGAUUUUUUGUUGAGUCGAUGUUUUAUUUGUAAAUAAAUAUCUAUUUAGCUCUCAAUGAAAAAAUUAUUUUUUUUUUCAUUUAGCCAGAAAUCGGAAAUUAAUAUAAUUGUUUUUAUAGCAAAAAUAGAAAAAUUAGUUCUAAAAAGUUCCUCAUCUGAGACUUCAUAUAUGACUGAAAUAUGGUUUUUAGGCUUCAGAAGAACCCACCACUUUCAAAUAGGGCAAAUUACAAAAGUUAAGCUAAAAGAAUCAGGCAGGUCAAACUAUUGUUUUUAUUUAGAUCUAUAUCUGGUAGAUGGAAGAUGCUUUAGUAUAUUUAAAUCAGGACUCAAAGCAAGAGUCCAAAGAAAACAAAUUAGAAUUAAAUCAUUUGUGGAAAACUAUUUCGCAGAGAGAAGUCCUUAA